AUUGAUGCCUUGACAAUUAAGAAAGAUGAACCUUCUGCUGAAGUCAAUGUUGAAAAGGUCCUUACAGCAGGAGGAGAUGCUCCCACAGUCUCAAAUGAAAAUUCUGCAGAAAAUCCGACUGAAAAACCUAAAGAGGGAGAGGAAAAAGAGACAACAAAGAGUGAGAUUUCUCUUCUGCAGAAGCUUCUUCAUUCAGGUCUGGUGAAUUCAAAGUCCGACAUCGAGGUACUUAGAAAAGAUCCGUCUUCACCACUGCACUCAGCCAAAUCAUUUGAGGCUCUGCAUCUGAAACCAGAACUUUUGAAAGGUGUUUAUGCCAUGGGAUUCAAUGCUCCAUCUAAAAUUCAAGAAACAGCAUUACCAAUUUUGCUGGCAGAUCCUCCCUGCAACAUGAUAGCCCAGAGCCAGAGUGGGACAGGCAAAACAGCUGCUUUUGUCCUGACCAUGUUGAGCCGUGUGGACAUUACACAGAGACACCCACAGUGCCUGUGUUUAGCUCCGACAUAUGAGCUUGCCCUACAGAUUGGCGAUGUCACUAAAGAAAUGAGCAAACACAUGGGGGGACUAGGCAUUAUCUACGCUGUUCGAGGAGAAAGAGUGGCACGUGGAGAGAGACUCGACAGUCACAUCAUAAUAGGGACCCCUGGAACGGUGAUGGACUGGGCCUUCAAGCUGCGUGUGUUUGAUGUCAAGAAAAUACGUGUAUUCGUUUUAGAUGAAGCAGAUGUCAUGAUCAGUUUGCAAGGCCAUCAGGAUCAGUCUUACCGACUUCAGAAAGCCCUGUCUCCGGAUUGCCAGAUGUUGUUAUUUUCUGCCACCUAUGAUGCAGACGUGAUGUCGUUUGCAGAGAAAAUUAUUCCUAACGAUCCAUUUAUCAUCAAGCUGAGGAGGGAAGAGGAAAGCCUGGACAAUAUCAAGCAGUUCUACAUUGAAUGUAGCAGUCAAAGGGAAAAGUUCAAGGCAUUGUCCAACAUAUAUGGUGCUAUUUCUAUUGGACAGUCUAUGAUCUUCUGUGCUACAAGAAGAACUGCAAGUGACCUUGCAGAGUUCAUGAAGAGUGAAGGCCAUGCAGUCGGCCUUUUGUCAGGAGAAUUGCCCAUUGAAAUGAGAGCAAGCAUUAUCAAGAGGUUCCGGGACGGGAAGGAGAAAGUUCUCAUAACAACCAAUGUAUCAGCUCGAGGUAUCGAUGUUGAGCAGGUCACAGUUGUCGUGAACUUUGACCUUCCAUUAACUAUGGAUUACAAGCCUGACUGCGAAACAUACCUGCACCGGAUUGGACGGACAGGCAGGUUUGGGAAAAACGGCAUUGCCAUCAAUUUUGUUGAUGGCCGGUCCAUGGCCACGCUCAAGCACAUCGAGAAGCAUUUCGGUCGUAAAAUUGCCAAGCUGGAUGCAGAUGACCUAGAUGAGAUAGAGAAGAUAACCACAUGA